UUUACCAUAACCUGUUGCCUUGGAAAUACGAAAAUGAAUUAAAUUUAAGGAAAUUUGUAUCCGAUGUUCGUCAUCGCACGAUUAUAAGGAUAAAAUCGUCGGGUCGAGCAGUUGAUUCAAAACACGAUAGCCCCAAAAAAUAUCCUUUGCAUCUAUUUUUGAGAUGCAUGCAAUGUGUUAAUCAGUUAUUUAUAUCACUUGUGUGCCGUAUCUCUGGCUGGUUAUUUUCUGGCUUGAGCCUCUCUCAGCUUCAAACGUGAUUCUUGAUCUCGACAAUGUUUUGAAUUAAAAUCAGAAUUUUACUUAAUAUUAACAAUGGACGAAAUUCGUUUUCGAAUAUCCAAUCAACUCGAGACGUUACAGGUUCAAGCAUCAGUGAUAGCACAGCAGGGACAGCAAGUGUUGGCCAGAUGGAUAACGCAGCUUCAACAACUUCUGCAGGAAUUUUACCAGGGAGAAUAUGGCCAACGACUAAAAGAUGUUGGCCAACAACUGUUGACCUGGGCUCACGCUGGAUGGGAACAACUCCAGUUUCAGUAUUAUUCACUGCAAUUCAACCCGCGUGAAUUUUAUCAACAAGUAGCCAACUUGUUUACUGCUGGAGGUAUUCUUCCAGUGUCAAGACGAGAGCUAGCCUUUUGUGUUAUUGGUUUAACUGCCGGAAGUCUUAUAGGAUUUAGCACUGGCUUAAAUUGUCACCACCCACCACAGCACAUGCACCACAUGAAAGCCAUUAUAUGUCAUCAUUACAUUGGUAUUGAGGGUGUCACUACAAUAGACGACGUGGAAAUGCCAGCCAUUCAAAAACCUGACGAUUUAUUAAUCCAAGUAAAAUCUGCAUCUGUGAAUGUCGUAGAUGCAAAAAUAUGUUCUGGCUACGCAAGGACGUACAGACAGCUUCUUAACUCUGGUAAACAGAGAGAUUUGCCAGUGAUAAUAGGAAGAGAUUGUGCCGGAAUAGUGGUUGAUAUUGGUCCAAGUGUCAUAGAUUUUGACAUUGGUGAUGAGGUGUAUCUGGCCGUUCCUUCAUGGGCACAAGGUACCAUGGCAGAAUAUUUGGUAGUUUCAGAAACCGUAGUAGCCAGAAGGCCAAAACUUGUAAACUUUGAUGCAGCAGCCAGCUUACCGUACAGUGGAUGUUUGGCAUGGGAUGCCAUUGUUAAUGAAUCUGUGAUCGCAGAAGGCAAUGCUCGAGGAAAAAGAAUUCUUGUGUAUGGUGGGACUACCCCAGUUGGCUGUAUUUUAAUUCAGCUAACUAAACUUUGGGGUGGUUAUGUUGUUGCAGCUUGUAAACAGCAAGCAAUACCUGUUGCUAAAGCUCUGGGAGCGGACGAAGUUAUUCCCUUCAACGAAUCGAAUAUAGAAAAAGAAUUAGAACUACAAGAUAAAUUCGACGCCAUCUUUUACACCGGUGGUCAACAAAUUAAAGACUGUAUACUGAGAAAUCAUUUACUACUGCAUGGUUCUUACGUAUCCACAGUACCAGAACAUUUGACAUCCGAUACAUUAGGAUUUGUUUUUGGAAGCAUAUUUUCCGGAUAUGUCAGAAUCAAACUGUUAAUACGAUACUUAUUUGGUUUGAAACCAAACCAAUGGAACGAUGGUUCAAAAAUAAACACUGCCAAUCUGGAUGCAUUGCGUCAACUCGUUGAUGCAGAUCAACUACAGGCUGUUGUUCAUAAAGCUUAUGCACCACACAACAUUGAACAAGCCUUACACGAAGCAUUGAAUCCGAAUGCUGUCGGCAGCACUAUAAUUAGAUUCCACUGACGCUUGUAUUAUUUACAGGAUAUACUAAUUCAUGGCUUGGUGAUUCAGUAAUGGUGUUACAACUAUUGCACACCUUGAUAAUACAAAUAUUUUAAUGAAUUGCCAAACCAGACAUUUAUAGUUGGACACCAGAGAAUUCAGGUAAUAUUUUAAUUAUCAAGAAUUGACGUUGACGCUGAAAAGCACAGUUUCAGUCUGGCCAAUUAUCACUUCAAAUUUGCGAGUGUGUCUUCCACGUAACUUCAAAAUUGCGAUAGACUCCACUCGUAACCAGCUCAAAUUAAGGCCAUAUUUACAUAAAAUGGCCCCUAAAAUUCAGGGUAUAAGAAUGGGGAGCUGUAAUACAAAGUUAAGUUUGUAAAUGUUUAUAGCAUGUUUUAUUAUCAAAUAUAUAUACAUAUAACUAGAUAUGAAGGAAAGUUUAAGAACUAAUCAUGAGUUGCCUUAACAAAUUAUAAACUGUUAAUUAUUUGAACUUUUGUGCAAACAAAAUAUAUACACAUAAUGUUUAAUUUGAAAAUGGAUGAAUUUUUAUUUAAUUGAAGUUAUAACUGCAGAUUUAUUGACAUUGUUUGGCAAGACAUAAAUGGCCAACAGUAAAAGUAAAGAAUUCAUAAUAAAAGAAUGAAUUCAAUUCAGCUAGUAAUUCAUGUCUAUAACGGAUCAUUUGCAUAAUAGAAAAAUUUGUUACUUGGAAUAAUUAUAAUUCGAAAUUUCACUUGAAUUACUUUGUUGUAAAAAUCGACAGACCCAGGGCAGACCUCUUAACAGAGGAAUUUAUACUCCUGAGUUGCAUGACAAAAUUUUGAGAUAACUUUCCAUUUAUUUGGCUUUUCCUCGAAAUUUACCUCUUCCAGCAGGUUUGCCUUUUUUUGCUGGUGUCUUUUUGUCAUCGGCCUGUUGUGUUAAACAAAAAAUGAAUUAAUCAAUAUGUCGUGGUAAAUCUGAGUGUUAGAUUCCUAAAUAAGGCAAGGCAGUAAAACCUCUUUAGUGGCAACUCCUAGGGGAAAAUGUUAAUGCAGUUAAUAGUUCCUUGUCAAACAUGACAGGGACGAAUCAUCAAACAUCUAAUAAAAAUGACUUAUCUAUAUUUAUCAACAAAAUUUAACUAAAGUUACGAAAUUAAGAUUAAAUUUUUUGAAAUUAUACAAGCUUAUUAUAAUGUUGACUUGAUACAUGAAAUUCCAAGCUCAAUAAAAAUGUUAUCUGCUUUUA